AUGCGCUCGCUGGGCGCCACCUUCAAUCGCGCCGGCUGGCGCCGAUAUGCGCCCAUUGCCCUGGUGGCCGUUACGGCCAUCGUGGUGCUCUACACAUUGUUCGAUGUCCCGUCGAUGGUACCGUGGCGACCCCGUCUCCCAAAUCUUCAAACCUUCCCCGUCGCGCCCCUAGCCAAAGCCUGCGAUAACAUCCCACCACCCGACCCAAACACCGACGCCGCCGCCGCCGCCAACGCCCCAAUCCCCAACCUCGUCCACUACAUCUGGCUGCUCGCCGACCCCGCCGUCUUCACCCUCAACUUCAAAGUCUUCGUCAGCGUCUACUCGGCCCACCUCUUCUUCCACCCGGACCGCAUCUACAUCCACACCGACGUGUCCCCCUCCCUCUGGGAGCGCGCCAAAUCCUCCGGCGACCUCUGGACCAAACGGGGUGAGAUCUCGCUGGACUAUGUGCUUGGGCGGAGGAGUAACUAUGCGCGGGCCGUCUACCCCGCCGUGUGGCAUGCGGUGAAGGAGGGGAUCAUCUCGGAGGCUGCUCGAAAUGGGUGA